UCCACCCUGCCCCUCUCCGCCCUACCGCUUUAUCGUCCAGCGGUGUUGGUGUUGUUUGGUGCCGGGGCCAGUGGGGAACACGGCCGGUCGUCGGCAAGCAGGAUGGGGGCAGGAGGUGCUGUGGACCCACUGAGGCCCUGGACCCCCCUCUUUCUCUCCUGGCCUCAGGAGGGCGAGAUGGCCCCCUGGGGCUUUGACAACCAGACCAAGCACUGCCUGCAGCAUCUGGGGAAGCACUACCAGUUCCAGAUCCGAGACCUGCGGCCGGAGGAUGCUGGCAUUUACCGGGUCAGGGUGCAGGAUGCCGCAGUCUCCUCCACGGAGCUGGAGGCCAGCGCCGUCCUGCCCCGGGUGGUGGUCCCGCUGGCUGGUGCCCGCUGUGAGGAGCAGGGCGAUGCGGUCCUCGAGGGCACUGUCUCUGGCCCCUGCCCCAGCGCCACCUGGCGUUUCCGGCCCCGGCCGCUCCGGCGGAGUGACAGAUACGAGGUGCUCGUGUCCACUGAUGGGCUGACCCACCAGCUUCUGGUGAGAAGGGCCUGUUUCUCAGACAUGGGCCUCUACUCCCUCGGCGCCAAGCUCCACACCUCCAGCGCCUGGCUGGUGGUUGAAGCUGGGAAGGAUAAAAGCCUUCUGACCGCGAGCACUGACCACCAGCAGCAGGUACAACGAGCCCAGAGCCCAGAAGAUUCCAGGAGCAUCCGUGAUGACGGGGGGAGACUCAGAGAGCAGGACCCUACAGGGAGCUCCCUCCAGGGGGCCGGGCUGGCUUCUGGGCUCACAGCCGGCCCAGACAGAGGUGGCCUGGGUGGGCCCGGCUACACUUUGAUGGGGGACGUGGAGGCGGCCGACUCAGCCUGGGGCCCCAGACCGGCAAGAAAGGGCUUUCUGGAAGAAGGGGGCAGAGUCACUCCUCUUGGUGAAAAUCAGCUCCAUGGAGAGGGACGCAGGGACAGGAGCCUUCCAGGGGGCUUAGGGGAGGGCCUAGAAUCAGGGCUGGGCCUCGAAGGGGACCAACAGCAAGGUCGUAGCCGCAACAGCGAGGGGGACGGAUGCUCUGGGACGGCAGGAGGCAGGAAGGCUGGGUCCCGGCGUCCUCAGGCUGGAGGGCUGGGGCACAGUGGGGCAGGGAAGGGGCAUGGAGAGGACCCCAGGAGUUGGCUGCCCAGGCUCAGCCAGGAACAGCCCUGGGACGCUCAGCUGGGGCCUGGGACCAGAGAGCGGGCCCCGCAGGGAUCCCACGCUGGUCAUGUGGGGUGUCGGUCAGAAGGGGAGGGGAUGGAGAUUUUGCAGGGGCAGAGCCUGGAUGAGGUGGGGGGAGAGGCUGGUCUGAGUGGGGAAAGGGGGAGAGGAGCAGCAGGGGCAGCGCAGGGCAGCGGGACCGGCCUGGGGGACACCAGGGGCCGCCGCAGGGUGGGAGCUCCGGGGGCCCUGGAGCCUUCCAGAGGAAGAGGUUGUAGCUCCAUGGCAGGCAGGGGCCCUGAGUCCUGGGGCUCUCGGAAAGGUAGUGGUGCUGCCCAUGGGGACUGGAGGUGCUCCUUGGGGUCAAGGGAGUCUCCAGAACAGACCUCUGAAUGCAAGGACUUCCAGGAGACACCAAUAUCUGGUGGCGGGAACAUCCCCCUGGGGCAUGGGGGCCCUGAAGCCAAAGCUGGGUCUUCACUGCAGGAGGCAGGUGAUGGAGGCCCACGGGGGUCUGGGGAUGGGGGAAGGGGCUACAAAACUAGCCCUGGAGGCCCAGGGGGUCCCGGGGGCUGGGAAAGGGGCCCACAGGGGCUCAGGGGAAGGGAGGGCCCGGAGACGGCGGGGACCUUCGGCGAGGCAGAGGAUGGCUCCAGCAGCCCCCAGGAUUCCCGAGCCUGGACAGCCGGGCAGAGGGGAACAGCGGAGGCGGGCAGAAUAGGGUCUGAGGGCCCAGGCCCUUGGAAUGACACACGGUCCAGCCCCAGCAAAUCCGGGGCCCACUGUGGGCCCGGAGCGCUGGGGUCUGGUAGGAGGCAAGGGGGUGAGGGGGGCGCCCAGGUGGCUGGGCUGAUGGGGUCUGGUCGGGGCGUGGAUGGCAGAAGCCACAGGCUAAGAGGUCCUUCAGGCCCUGGUGGGACACUGGGAGACACGGAUGGGUUCAGAGGUGCAGGGACCAUGGGGUCUGAGCCAGAUUUCUGGGAUGGUCCGUGGAGCUCCAGGGAGAAAGGACCCAGAGGUGAGAUGGGCCACGGGGAUGGCGUGGGAGGCUCAGGGGCGACGGAGUCUAGAUUUGGUGAUGGCUUCGGGGACCCCAGGGGAGCAGGCCUUGAAUACGGCGCUGGUUACAGUGAUGGCUCAGGGAGGCCGGGAGCCGUGGGGUCUGGUCGUGCUGGUGGCCGAGUCGCCUCUGGGGCCCUUGGGGGAACAGAGUCUGAGGAAGGGGGUGGUGACAGGCACGGCUCAGAGGUGCCCGGGGGGAUGUGGUCUGGAAACAGAGAUGGUUGUGGUCCUGCCGGAAGGGGGUCUGAGGGACUUGCUCGUCCCAAGGGUGGCUUGGGCGGCCCUGACGGAGGGCCCGUGGGUGAUGCCGGGACGUGUGCAGAGGCCGGGGGGGCAUCCAGAGGCUGGGGGGAUACUGGCCCUGCAGGAAGGCAUCAUCCUGAUGGCGGUCUGGGGAGUCCGGGGACAGCGGGGUCUGUGGGGCGAGGUGGCCUCAGGGCCUCGGCCGCAGUGGAGACUGUUGGGGAGGGACACACAGGGGCAGAACCAGGGGGCUCGGGGAGAAUAGGGCCUUGGGGUCAGACUGGGGCUUACGGGGGCUUCAGAGCCCCAGGGGCUCUGGGGGCUUCUGGAGAAGGAGGCCAUGAAGAUGGCUCUGGGGCUUCAGGGUCUCUGAGGGCAGCGGGCAAAGUGCGAGAUGCGGAUGGGGCCAGGGGCCUUGGCGCUGGGACCUCUGGAGACGGAGCCGGUUAUGGGGAUGCUAUCUGGGGCCCCCAGGCACCAGCUCCUCACGCGGGGGUGGCCUCUGAGAGCCCGGGGGCUGAUGAGUCUGGUAAAGUGCUGGGCUUUGGGGAUGGAUCAGGAGCAGCAGGGCCUCUGCCCACCGGCAGCAUAUCAGUUUACGGAGGGGGGUCGAGGGGUCUUGAGCCUGGGGCGAUGGAGCCAAGGGCUGAGGCAGGCUUUAGAGAUGGUUCAGGAGGCCUUGGAGGGAUUGGUUCAGGAGGCCUUGGAGGGAUUGGUUCAGGAGGCCUUGGAGGGAUUGGUUCAGGAGGCCUUGGAGGGAUUGGUUCAGGGGCUAAGGCUGGUUAUAGGGGCGAUUUAGGGGGUUCUGGAGGAACUGGUUCAGGGGGUGAGGCAGGUUACAGGGACGGUUUGAGGGAUACUAAGGGAAUGGAGUCAGGGAGUGAGGCAGGGUGUAGGGGAGCCGCAGGAGGAUCUGGGGAGAUGCGGCCAGGGGCUGAGACGGGCUGCGGAGACGGUGCAGGGAGGUUUGGAGGGACAGGCUCCCCAGCUGGAGUGGGAGGUGAGGGUGGACCCGGAGGCCAGGAAGCCACGGCACAUGGGUCAGUAUACUGGGCAGCCUCAGAGGGGUCUUACGGUGGCACAGGUCCCAAGGAUGGUCCGGAGAGGGGCAGAGGGACGGGGCUCGUGGGAGGGGCAGGUGCUGGGCUGGGCUCCGGGAUGGCUGCGAGGCCUGGCACCGCAGACGGUACAGCACACAGGGACAGGCCCAGGGGCCCAGGGCUGCUGCGGAUUCACGGAGGCCCUCAGAUGCUUUCAGAUGGGCAGGGCUCCAGGAGUGGUUUGGGGGGCUCUGGACCCCCAGGCACCCCUGAGGCAUGGGGGGCUGUUGGCUCGGAUGGAAAGUCAGGCAUCAGAGGGUGGCAAGGUAGCUCUGGGCUCCCAGGGUCCCCUGGGCACAGAGGGGCUCCCAUUGGGGAGGGAGGGUCUGCAGGCCACGCAGCGGGUGUGAGGGCUUCUGGGAUUCCUGACGGUCGGGGGGCAGCGCAGGAUGAGACCUGGGCAGGGACAGCUGCUUGGGAAUCCGGACAUGACCAGGCCUUCUGGGAAGCAGGUCCAGGGGCAGCAGACAGGGGUCCAGCGGCUGGCCAGGGGGCGUUGGCACCUCAGGGUUCCGGGGCUGCACAGCUGGGUGGCGGGAGGAUGGGGGCAGGGUUGGGGGGCUCAGCAGGUACAGGCCAGGGUCUGGACAGCAGCCGGAUGCCCGGGGAAAGGGGCAGAUCCAUGUCAGGGUCUGCCGGUGGGCGCGGAAAAAGCCAUGCUUGGGGCCCAGGCUGGGAAGGCCAGGGAUCUGGCCAAGACAACACAGGUGCCAGGGACCGGUCCCCAGGCUCCAGGGCUUCAAGCUCCCUGCAGGAGGAAGAUGCCACUUUCGGGGGGACCCAUGAAGGGCCACAAGCCUCGUGGGGCGGGGACAGGGCUCCAGGCAGAGAGGAGGCCGGUGGGGGGCAAAGCCCAGGGUUCCUGGAUGGCAAAGCUUCAGGUCUUGGAAGGAGCAGGGCUAGCGGCCCAGGGGACUCAGGUGUCCCGGGUAAGGGGACUUCUGCUGGGAGGGAGAAUGGCUCCACCCAAAGGCCUGGGGAUUCGGGACGUCAGGGAGCCUGGGAGGGCCUACAUGGUCCCUUCGGCAGAAAAGACUCUGGAGACAGGUCACAGGGGACCCAGGGGCCUGGCUCUCAGCGGGGCACAGGACAGAGGGGAGGAAGGGGCUUCCUGAGGGAGCAGGAGUCCCCGGAGGCUAAGGAUGGUAGGGCCCGACGUCCAGGGGCCCUAAAGGAGUCUGGCAGGUCAGAAAGGAGGCUCGGCCCGUACAGGAACAGGACUCAGACGUGGUCCAGGGUCGAGGUGGGAGCAGCACAGAGAUGGGGAGCAGACAAGGCCAGAGACCUGGGGGAACCGCCUGGAGGCGAGGACGGGCGGUGCCCAGGGAAGCCCCCCAGCCGUCCUGGCAGCAGGAAAGCCAGCAAAGAGGGCGGGUCAGAUGUCCACGGCCAGAGGACGGACGCCACCCGGAGUCCCGGAUCCAGACACAAGCCUGGCGCGGGCGGUUUCUCCGAGGAGGCCCGAGGCCCUACAGGCCACUUCUCCCAGGGCCUGGCUGACCUGGAGGUGCAGCGCGGGGAGGAUGCUGUGCUCUCCUGCACCCUCACCAGCGACCUGGGACCCGGAGCCUGGUUUAAGGAUGGGGUCAAGCUCAGCGCCCAGGACGGAGUCGCCUUCGAGCAGGACGGGCUGGCGCACAGGGUCCUCAUUGCCCACGCGGAGGGGACCCAGGCCGGGAGGUACAGCUUUGUAGCCGGCGACCAGCAGAGUGAGGCCACGCUGACUGUCCACGACCCCCCGGUCAUCGCUCCCGACGUGACAGCAAAGCUGAGGGAGCCGCUGGUGGUCAAGGCGGGGAAGCCAGUGACCAUGAAGGUCCGCUUCCAGAGCUGCCUCCCGGUCCAGGCCACCUGGAGCAAGGACGGGGCCGAGGUGGCCGGCGACAACGGCACAGGAGCCCAGGUGGCGGUGGGGGACAGCUUCACGCGGCUGUGCCUCCCCAGCGCCAGCAAGAAGGACCGCGGCCGGUACAGCGUGACCCUGAGGAGCAAGGGCGGCUCCGUGCAGGCCGAGCUCACCCUGCGAGUCCUAGACAAGCCUCAGCCCCCACAGGGCCCCCUGGAGGUGCAGGACGGCCACGGGGCUGGCGUCUGCCUCCGCUGGCGGCCCCCAAGGGACGACGGGGGCCAGGCCCUGCAGCAUUACGUGGUGGAGAGGCGGCAGGCUGGCCUCAGCACUUGGCUGAAGGUGGGCGAGCCCCCUGCGGACAGCACCACCUUCACAGAUGCCCAGGCGGAGCAGGGCAAGAAGUACAGCUUCCGCGUGCGGGCCGUGACCGCGGAGGGGCCUGGGGAGGCCCUGGAGUCCGAGGAGGUGCUGGUGGCUCCCGAGGUUCUGCCCGGGCCCCCUCCCCCACCAGUCAUCCUGUCGGCCUCCAGCCAAAGCAUCACUCUGUCAUGGACGGCACCUCGGGGCCCGGGCAGUGCCCACAUCCUGGGCUACCUGAUCGAGAAGCGCAAGAAGGGAAGGAACACCUGGGUGGCAGUGAACCAGCAGCCGGUGCCUGAGAAGAAGUGGACGGUGCUGGACCUGAGGCAGGGCUGUCAGUACGAGUUCCGGGUCACAGCCGUGGCCCCCUCUGGCCCCGGGGAGCCUGGGCCCCCAUCGGAUGCCGUCUUUGCUCGGGACCCCAUGACCCGUGGUGCCUGGGCAGGACCCCCCGGGCCCGUGAGGGAUCUCCGGGUCACGGACACGUCGCACACCAGCAUCACCCUGAGCUGGGCCCAACCGGACCCUCAGGACGGGGACGAAGCGCUGGGCUAUGCGGUGGAGCUGGGCGACUCAGCCAGCCUGCAGUGGAGUCCGUGCCACGCAGGCACCGUGCCGGGCACUACCUACACGGUCAAGGGGCUGCGGCCUCGGGAGGGCUACGUCGUGCGGGUGACAGCCGUGAAUGACGGGGGCCGAGGCCCGCCCACUGCCCUGGACACGGUGGUGCAAGCCAUGCCCGUCAGUGUCUGUCCCAAGUUCCUCAUGGACGCCAGCACGAAGGACUUGCUGACGGUCAGAGCUGGGGACACGGUUCGUGUGCCUGUCCACUUUGAGGCCGCCUCCAUGCCGGACGUGACCUGGCUAAAGGGUGGCUUGCCCUUGCCUAAAAGAAGCGUGACCUCCGUCAAGGACGGCCUCACCCAGCUCCUGGUCCCCGCGGCCAGCCUCGCUGACAGCGGCCUCUACACUGUGGUGCUGAGGAGCCCGCGGGGGGAGGAGGCCACCUAUAGCUUCCGCCUCAGGGUGGCAGCGCGCCCACGGGCCCCGGGGCCCAUCCUCCUGCGGGAGGGCGCGCUGGGCUCGGUGAUCGUCGAGUGGGUGCCGUCCCCGGACGAGGCCGAUGGGAGGGCCGCCCCGCUGCACUACACGGUGCUGACGCGCUCCUCCGCGCACGCGCCCUGGCGCCCCGCGGCCGAGCGCCUGCACACCUGCCGCUUCACCCUGGUGGACGCCCUCCCGGGCUACAAGUACCACUUCCGCGUGGUGGCCAAGAACGAGCUGGGCGCCAGCGAGCCCUCGGACACGCGCCACCCCUGGGUCGUCCCGCGGCAGCCGCCAGACAGGGACACGGUGAAGGCGCCCAGCUACCAGGAGCCGCACCUGAGCCAGAAGCCCCGCUUCCUGGUGGGCCUGCGGCCCCGCACGCUGCCCCUGGGCUGUGAGUGCUGUAUGACCUGCGCCGUGCAGGGCUGGCCGCUGCCCCGCGUCACCUGGUUCAAGAACGACCAGAGCCUGGCGGGCGACCCCGCCGUGUACAGCACCGACCUGCUGGGCGUGUGCUCCCUGGUCAUCCCCAGCGUCUCGGCCGAGGACGGUGGCACGUACAAGGCGGUGGCCGAGAACACACUGGGCCAGGCGGUCAGCACCGCCACCCUCAUCGUCGUGGAAUCUAGCUCUGAGCCCUGACACCCCCUGGGAUGGCCCAGCCCGGCCCCACAGCCUUGGGAUGAAGGCAGAUCCUCGAAGGUUCAUUCCUCACACUGCACUGGCCUGGGGAGGCAGUCCCAGAGGACGGACGAUGCUGGCAGUGCCCAGAGCCCCAGGGAGAGGGGAGUGAGGGGGCAAGAAGGGGGCAUUCAGCCUCCCAGGCCCAAGCUAAGUCACGGAACAGGAUGGCAGCGAGCCUCCUGCUUGGGCGAGCAGAGGGGACUGGGUGUGUCUGCAGGAUGGAGGCCAGAUCCCUCGGGGGGAGGGCAGGACAGGCUGGGCCUGAGUGACCACAGUGAGGGGAGAGCACGGGGGUCCGAGGACCUGGGCGGGAGCCGGGGCUGGAGGGCGUGUGUGUGUGUGUGCUGGGACAGCUGCUCUCUGUAUGUUGUUUCUUUAUUAAAGCAUUGGCUAACACUGGCAAA